CUGAUUAGGUGUGUCUUUUUUAUUUGGUGGCUAAUUUAAUUUUUAUCCUCACACUUUUCACAUACUAUUAUAUUAUAAAGUUAAUUCACUAAUAAAUAUAAUUAGUGUGGUUAUUGUGGAUUUUGUGGGUUAACCGCGGUGGGUAGUGGAUAACCACUAACCACAAAAAUCGUUAUUUUACUAUCCACACCCAACCCACUACCCACAACUUAUGAGUAUGGUUACCCACAAGAGGUACGGGUUGGUGCGGUUUGCGAAUUAUCCACAACCCACUACUCUAAAGAAUACAAAUACGACAACAAUUUACUAAAAACGAUCAUGGAAUUUCUAGUGAACCCUACGUCUAUGACUAUAAGGACAAAAAUUUGUCGCUAUUCAGAUUUUUGUUGAGAAAGGAACUCCAGGCACAAAUCCAUCUAGUGCCGACUCUCACAUCACACGCUACGGUGGCGCCCCUCAUCCCUGCUCCCGCAUCUAACCGCCACAACUCUUAUCAAUACCUCUCUCUCUUCCUAUCCCGCCACGUGACUUCGUCGUCGGCUGUUAAUCAUACCAAUCGCCGGUCACUCUCUCCGCCUCUUUUCAGUCACGCCGGCGCAAUAAUUACCAACUACUAGGGACACGCCUACACUUCUCCAACUGCUGCUUUUGCUUCUGUGCACCUCUCCCCAUCGCCGCUUCUCGUCCUAUACAGGCCAGCGAUAUAACCAGGAAAGACGACAAAAUUAGAAGGUGAGGUGACGGCAAUGGAAACUACUCUGCUGCUGUGGCCGGCGUUUCUCUAGCGUUUUUGCUUGUUUUGGUGACUUGAGCUUCAGUAGGAAGAGGAGAAGGCAAAUCGCUUUGCUGUUGAGUUCGUGUUUAGGGCGCUUUAAAUGGCGGUGGAGUACACUUGCUGUAGCUCCGAAUUCUUCAUUCACAUUCUGAUAAUCGUGAUGCUGGUGCUGUUCGCCGGCAUGAUGUCUGGGCUCACUCUCGGCCUCAUGUCUCUGAGUCUCGUCGAUCUCGAAGUCCUGGCUAAAUCCGGCACGCCUCAGGACCGUAAAUACGCCGCAAAGAUACUGCCAGUUGUAAAAAAUCAGCAUUGGUUACUCUGCACGCUGCUGAUUUGCAAUGCUGCUGCCAUGGAGGCACUCCCUAUCUUCCUCGACAGCUUGAUUACAGCAUGGGGUGCGAUCCUCAUUUCUGUUACACUGAUUCUGCUGUUUGGUGAGAUUAUACCGCAAGCUGUAUGCACCAGAUAUGGUCUGGCAAUUGGUGCAACAGUGGCCCCCUUUGUCCGUGUGCUGGUGUGGAUAUGCUCUCCCAUUGCCUACCCGAUAAGCAAGCUUCUGGAUUAUCUACUGGGUCAUGGGCACGUUGCUCUUUUCCGCAGAGCUGAGUUGAAAACACUUGUGAAUUUCCAUGGUAAUGAGGCUGGAAAAGGUGGAGAGCUGACUCAUGAUGAGACAACAAUUAUUGCUGGAGCGCUUGAGCUCUCAGAAAAAACUGCUGGUGAUGCAAUGACACCUCUCGCUGAAACUUUUGCCAUUGAUAUCAAUGGCAAGCUUGACCGUGAUCUGAUGAAUAUGAUACUGGAGAACGGACACAGCAGAGUGCCUGUUUAUUAUGAGCAACCAAACAACAUUAUUGGCCUUGUUCUGGUCAAGAAUUUGUUGACAAUCCACCCUGAAGAUGCUACACCUGUAAAGAAUGUGACCGUACGGAGAAUCCCCAGGGUUCAAGAAAACUUGCCCUUGUAUGACAUACUGAAUGAGUUUCAGAAAGGCCACAGUCACAUGGCUGUUGUCGUGAGGAAGUGCAACAUAACCGAACAGCUGCCCACUGAUGGUUCAGCUAAUAUUCCAGUUAAAGAAGUGAGAGUAGAUGUGGACGGGGAGAAGCCACAGGAGAGGUCAUUAAGGAGCCACAAGUCUUUCAAGAAGUGGAAAAGCUUCCCCAACAGGAAUGACUCAUUUAGGGCGUCAAGGAGCAGAAAGUGGAACAAAGAAGUCGACUCCGACAUCCUGGAAAUAGAUGGCAAGCCACUCCCGACGCUUCCUGAAGAAGAAGAGGCUGUUGGCAUCAUAACCAUGGAAGAUGUCAUUGAAGAACUGUUACAGGAGGAGAUUUACGAUGAAACAGACCAUCAUCACGAGUAGCAUUGAUUCAAAUUCAUAAUCGAAGCGGUUUACAUUUAUGUAUAUGAUCAGGACAGGAGAAAUGUAUUCGUUGAGACUGUUAGGAGGGUUUGAUCCUCAAAGCUUUUGGCCAGAAUAUGUUUCUGCGAAAUGUCAAGUGUAAUCAUGUUUUAGUGUUUUGUCCCUAAUCCCUAUAUGGAGAAUAUGUUAUGUAAUAGAUCGGAUUGAGCUGAGACGGAUGGGGAAGUUCAUGUAUUGCCCUGAAAACGAAGGGCAUAUAUAGUAGUGUUAUUAGGACGGAUAUAAACAGGCUUCGUUUGGAUGAGUAUUUCAAUGAGAUUUCAUCACAAUUUCUCAUUAUAUCAAAUUUUAACUAAAUAAUUCUUUUGAGAGUAGGAUAGAUUUCAAAACUCAAAAUUUAAAAAAUCUACAAUUGAAGAUUUUUGAAAUAGACAAUUCCCAUCUUUCUACACCAAAAAUAUUCUAUUAAACGAGGGUAUUCGUGCUUGGAUGACGACUCAAGAUCAGCCCCAUGAAAACCUUCUAUUCCCUAAGGGGGUUCUACCACGUGGAAACGCUCUUUAAUGGAACUUUAGCUGUAGCUGGUCGUAACUAAGAAACCAUCAGUUAUUUUGAAAUUUCCCAUUUGUCUAAUUUAUUCUAUCGAUUAUGUCCCUUUUAAUUUUUAUAAAUUUCAGAAGUACCCUCACUAGUCACUCCCAUUGUUCUUCCUCAACGAAAAAGAGACCCUUCCUCUUCUGUCCACCCACCGCAGUCGCUUCUCCAUCUCGUUGCUUUCUUUUAUUCCUCCCACCUCCGGUAAAUUUUCCCCAACUCCACCACUGGAACCCCUCUCCUCUUCGCAUCCGUCAUCAAUAUUGACUUCUCGAUUCCCAAUCCUCAUCGACGACCCUCAAAUCCAGAUGAACAAAAUGAUUAGGUUGUCGUCCAUUAAUGAAACUUUACUCACUAAUUUAUUCAUUAAAAAAGAAAUUAAUGUUCUUGUUUGUGUUCUCAAACUUGAGUGGUUGUUUAUCAACUAAUUGACCCCGCCAUUAAUUGAGAUUUGACUGUUGUUGUUUAUGCUCAACACGAGUUAGGCAUGUUGUUGUUUAGGUUGGACAUAAGUUUUCGCAUGUUGUUUACUUUCAUAUUUGAUAUCUAAUGUGUGUUGCUGUGGUUAGGUUGGAUGUUAUAAACGGGCUGCUACGGAUCCGGAAAUCGCCGGAAUCGAUCAAGCAAGAAUACGAAAGCGAGAAUCGAAAAACACAGACACACGAUUUACGUGGUUCACUAACACGAUGUGUGUUAGCUACGUCCACGGGCGAGAGAGAGCCAGUUUCACUAUAUCAAGGAGAUUACAAAUUACAGAGGAGUAUGAUAAGUAUUUAAAGUACUUCUCCAUGUGGGUCUAAACCUAAUCCAAUCUGACAAAAGAAACGGCCAGAGACCCCCGAUUACUAGUCGUAGCGACUGAUAGUCCGAUUCAAGUCACAUCAACAUUGGACAUUAACUUUCUCUUUCUUACCGUGAAAGAAAUACUUUACUUACUUCAAUUGCAUGAUUGAGGCUGCCUUUGAUGAUAAAGCGUAGCUGCGUAGGAGUAGAAGAUCGUGUAGAUCAAGCGGGCAUAGGGAAUUAUGGGCAAGUUUGAAGCAAGCUUUGAGCUUGUUUGCCUCAACAUUAUCGGCCUUGUUCUGGUAAACUGAUUAUCCAUUCUAUAUGUUUGGAUCAGGACUUAGUUUGUUCUUUGGGUUACUAUUUUCUACGUGUAUUGGUUAUGAUUAAGGACAUGAGGUAUAUUAUAUGAUCGUGCUAAGAUAAUUCUCAGGUUCUAACCCAAAUUUUAGCAUUUUUUCGCUAACGUCGAAAUAAUGUUUUGGGCAAUAUAUUCAUUAUAUUGUUGAUUGUUCAAGUACCAAAUAUAUUCUCUAAUUCUAUUUUUUUCUUCCAAAUGUCGAUCCAUUUUUCCAUGUUGUUUAUACCUGAUCGAGCAUUUGCUAGUGUCUUUGACAAAUAUGCAUGCAUGAUAUGGUGACUCUUUGUUUCCUCGAGGAAUGAUUUGUUACUAUUUACCCAUUCUAGCAGACUUUAUCGAUGCUUGUUUAACUGCCUUUCUCCAUUCAUUUAGGUCAAGAAUUUGUUGACAAUCCACCCUGAAAAUGCCACACCCAUAAAGAACGUGACCGUACGGAGAAUCCCCAGGUGAUUACAUUAGUAUAGACAUUCAUUACAUGAAAUAUAUUGGCAAAAUUUUGACUGAAUCUUUUCUUUUUUUAUUUUCAUAAUCAUCUGAUGCUUGAUUUAUGUCCCCAGGGUUCAAGAAAAGUUGCCCUUAUACGACUUACUGGAUGUGUUUCAGAAAGGCCACAAUCACAUGGCUGUUGUGGUGAGGAAGCGCAAUAAAACCGAACAGCUCUCGUCGAGGGUUCAACUAAUAGUAAGUGUUGUCAUCUUCCCCAACAAGUACCAUAUUUUAUCUUCAGAUUUUAGUUUGUGUGAUAUAUACAUAAGUCCCUCAUCUGGCCACUGCUGCUGUACUGUCCAUUGUCCAAUGGGAUGUUCAGGGGACCAUCAAUUUGGCCGUGCGGUGUAAUUGUUGAAUGUUGGAAUAAUUUUGGCUAAUGCAUUGUCCCCAAAAUCUCGUUAUUCACCAUGGUUUUGGGACUAGAUUGUUUAAAAAAUCGAAAACAUGAGAUUCAACCGCUAUUGAUCGUUCCUCAAUCCAUUUAUUUCUUAAAAUCCAUGAGAAAAAGCUACGGACAGGAUAGUCAUUUCUCAAGUAAGUUCCCUUGAAAAUGGCAGAACAGGGACAAACAUGAUAAAUUGUAAUAUAAGCU